AUGGCUCAAAAUUAUGUAGACAUAGUACCAUGGAGGUUGUACUUCGACGGUUCAAGACAUAAGAACGGAUCUGGGAUGGGGGGAGUCAUAAUUUCUCCAGAUGGAAUUCCAGCAGAGUUCAAAUAUAGAAUUGAAGGAGUAUGCACAAACAAUGAAGCAGAGUAUGAAUCUUUGAUCACAGGAUUUGAACUUCUGAUAGAAUUGGGGGCAAGGAAUGUCGAAAUUAUGGGAGACUCUGAGUUAGUAAUUAAACAUGUAUCAAAAGAAUACAGGUGUGUCAAAGAAAAUUUAAUCAUGUAUUUUGUGAUCACCAUCAGACUACUCAAGAGAUUUGAGCAAGUAAGCCUCCAGCAUAUACCACGGAAAGAGAAUCAGAGAGCAAACGAUUUGGCGCAGGAAGCUUCAGGGUAUAAAGCGUCGAAAGACCAGAAUGAAGAAGAGGUUCAAGUAAGAGAGAAGGUACGAGCAACAUUGUUAUCACCAUCAGAUUUGUCGAUUAUAAAGUUAGGAGUUGUACAUAGAUAUCAUUUUGAAAUUCUGACCGUCGACGACGGGGGAGAAAACGAUUGGCGCAAGCCGUUAGUCGAUUAUUUACGUAAUCCUAUAGGGUCGACAGAUCGAAAGGAAUGCCAAUUGCAUGGGGGCAUACAACAUAUGCCUAUAAGCGAGUUGCAUACAAUUGUGAAGCCCUGCCCUUUUCGAGGAUGGGCAUUGGAUGUGAUUGGAGAAAUAAAACCAGCUUCAUCAAAACAGCAAAGAUUUGGUAUCCCAGAAAUGAUUACAACCGACCAAGGGUCAGUUUUUACUGGUCGAAAGAUGCAAGAUUUUACAAAAGAGAUGGGAAUCAAAUUAUUGACUUCUACCCCAUAUUACGCACAGGCAAAUGGCCAAGUCGAAGCGGCCAAUAAAGUGAUCAUUAGCCUAAUAAAGAAGAAUGUAGUGUUACCAGUAGAGAUUCAGGUUCAUGCAGUCAGAAUCCAGAGGCAACAUGAAAUACCUUCUGAAGAUUACUGGAGUAUGAUGGUAGACGAACUGGUCGAGUUAAAUGAGGAAAGAAUGUUAGCCUUGGAUUCAUUACAAAGGCAGAAAGGAAAAGUCUCCAGAGCCUACAAUAAGAAGGUGAAGGGAAAAAUGUUUGUUGUCAACGAUUUAGUUUGGAGAGUGAUUUUGCCUAUGGAUAAAAAUGAUAAAGUCUUGGGCAAAUGGUCCCAAUUGGGAAGGAUCGUUUAA